AUGUCUUCGUCGUCGCCCAUAUCGUCUUCGUCGCCAUCGCCGUCGCCGUACUACCAUCAUCAACAGCAGCAGCAGCAACAGCAACAGCAGCAUCAACAGCAACAACAGCAAUAUAACAACCACCAUCAGCAGCAGCUCCAACACCACCUGCAGCAACAACACCUGCACGCGGGAGGCUCGUCGGCGGCAGCCAACGCGGCCGUCAACAGCAUUUUGCUAUCGCCGUCGGCAGGUGCCGGCGUGACGUCGGUCGGACUGUCGCCAUCUCAGGGCGUCGGCGGUGGUGUCGUUGGAGACAUGCAGCAGCAGCAGCAACAGGCCUCGACGGUGGCGAGUGCGGUAGCGGCCACGACCACUUCGCUGUUGCAACAGUGCUGUUCGCCGCCACCAUCGUCGGGAUCGUCGUCCAGCGUUGUGUUGAGAAAAGCUCAAAUCGAGAUCAUACCGUGCAAGGUAUGCGGUGACAAGUCCAGCGGCGUCCACUACGGAGUGAUCACGUGCGAGGGCUGCAAAGGAUUCUUCCGGCGGUCGCAGUCGUCAGUGGUCAACUAUCAGUGCCCGCGCAACAAGAAUUGCGUGGUGGACCGCGUAAAUAGAAACCGGUGCCAGUACUGCCGGCUCCAGAAAUGCCUUAGGCUGGGCAUGUCCCGUGACGCGGUCAAGUUCGGGCGCAUGAGCAAGAAGCAGCGAGAAAAGGUCGAAGACGAAGUGCGCUUCCACAGGGCACAGAUGCGUUCGACAGCAGCUGCCGCAGCUGCGGCCGCUGCUGCAGCGGUGGCCGCAGCAGGCCACAGCCAUCGACUUGCUGUUCGACCACGACCGGCGUUGGCAGCGGUGGUGGUACCGCGGCCGUAG